CCGCUGGCAGCAGCUUUGGCUCCUGGCUUGGAGCGGCAGUACCGGCUGCAGAGCGCCAUGCAGCGGCUGCGCGAGGUGGAGGAGUUUGCGCACUUUGACUUUGGCGUCUGGAGGAAGCGGUACAUGCAGUGGAUCAGCCACAGGAAAUCCCGCAUCUUGGAUGUUUUCCGAGGCAUCGACCGGGACCAGGAUGGGCGGAUCAGCCAGCGGGAGUUCAUCCAGAGCGUUCUCUCUUCCAAAUUCCCCACUAAUGUCCUGGAGAUGAGCGCCGUGGCCAGUAUCUUUGAUAUGAACAGUGAUGGCUUCAUUGAUUACUACGAGUUCAUCAGUGCUCUGCAGCCCAGCCGGGACCCGCUGCGGAGGGUCGCUGACGCUGACCAGAUCCAGGACGAGGUAAACCGGCAGGUGGCCCAGUGCAACUGCGUCAAGCGCUUCCAGGUGGAGCAGAUCAGUGCCAAUCGGUACCGGUUUGGGGAGUCGCAGCAGCUGCGCAUGGUGCGGAUCCUGCGUAGCACCUUGAUGGUGAGAGUGGGGGGAGGCUGGAUUGCGCUCGACGAGUUCCUGGUGAAGAACGACCCCUGCAGAGUGAAGGGACGGACCAACCUGAAGAUCAAUGAGAAAUACCUGUCCCCAGACGCCUUAGGGGCCGUGACCGCCUGUGCCGGCAGCCAGUCAGCCUCCCACUCCAAAGUGCUGUCCCCCAGCCGCUCCAACUCCAGCCUCAGCCUCUACAGCAGCGCGUCAGCCCCCAGCAGCCCGCUGGCCAGGAAGGCUGUCCUGCGCCGGACGCGCUCCGGAGACCGGUGCCCCCGCUCCCGCAGCUCCCUCCUGGCUGACGGGGCUGAGCUGAGCUUCUCCGCCCCCCAGGCCAGCACAGAGCCUGCGCCCCCAGAGCCCCCCGAAGGUCCCCCCACCUGAGAGUGCAGCCCGAGAGCACCUGCUGGAGCGGCCCCCCUGCACCAGGGACAGCAGACGCCUUCCCUGGCACAGCCUGAGCCCCAAGCAGGAUUUUCUGCCCUUCCCAAUGGCUGUGCCAGCAGAGCCGCUUCCACGCCGGGGAUGUGGCUCCAAGGCUGGAGAGGAUGGAGGAUCCUGGCCUGACCCUUCAGC